AGUGAGAGAGAAGCAGCAUAAUUAUUUUGAAUUUGGGGAAUCCAAGAAUUUAGCGGAAAUGGAGGGAAGCGAGAGCGAGAGCGAGAGCUAUGCGAUUUUCAAAUCGCUGAAUUUGAAUCCUCAACUCUUCUUUAACGAAAUUUUCAACACCGCCGACGAUUUGUUAAUCGAAACUUUUGAUUUCAUCUUCCGGGAAGCAUCUACCAAGCUCAACGUGGAAGCUAGCCAAAAAUCUCAACAUCUCAAACAGGGUAUUGAUCACAUUCGACAAAAUGUUCAAUCAGUUGCGGAUCAAAAGCUUUCAGUUUGGGAAGAAUACUGCCUUUAUCAUUGUUUUUCUCUUCCCAAAGGGUUUCAAAUGCCAAAUACUGAUGAAUUGGGUGGGAAUGACAUCGAUCUUGUAGCUACUUCCCAUGAAGAACUAGAUGCUGAGUUAGAAUCAUUGAGGGAAAAAUUAGCCGAGGUGGGGAAAGAAUCGGAAAUGCUAAAUCAAGAAAUUGAGGCACUCCCCAAGCAUUCUUCUCUCAAUGCUCUACAUAUCAAUGAAGCAGUUCAAUUACUUGAGCAAAACUCUGAGUUGUUUCAGGAGGUUUUGACAACUGCCCGAGAACUUCGACUGAAGAUUGGAAAGCAAAACACCAACAUGAUUGAAGAGACCGAAGAAAUGAAAGCAAGAAGUUUCAACAACUAUACAAUGGAUACUUCUGCUAAAGGCCUCUCAAAUAUGAAAUUAGAAGAUCUUCAACGAUUUGUAACCCAGUUGGAGUGAACAUGUGCUUGUUUCACCGGUAAUUGUUUGUUCGUAGUUUUUCUCAAUUAGAAUUUGCCUCUCAUGUUGAAACUAAUGGAUUUCAAUUAUAUAUAGUCUUUCUCAAUGUACCAAAAUGAACUAUUUGACGGGUUAUAGGAAAAUACUCGUGCUUUAUUUUU